CGUAGUCCCGAAUUGAGUGAAAAGAAGUCAAAGUUAGGUCGAUUUGUUGCUCCGUGUAAUUUUGGGCCAAUUUGUUGGUAGAAUAAUCAUACAGUGUAAAGGAUGUAAACAUAAACAAAGUUUGUUUUGCACUAAAAAAUCUGCCUAAACUUUGUAAAUUAUUUUCUAAAAAUUAUAGAAUAUUUAAAAAUAUAGCCACACAAAUGGGUCGCAAAUGCUCCGUAUAUGAUUGUGUUAAUAAUAGUAGCAGACAUUUUUCAAAAUCAUUCUACAGUUUCCCGAGAGAUAGCGAAACCUGUUUGGCAUGGGUAAAAUUUUGCGGCUGCAAGGACCUGGAACUGGUGUUCUUUAGCCAAGGUCCAUGGGGACUGGACAAGUACAAGGUAUGCUCGGAUCACUUCGCACCGGAGUCGUUCCGGAAUACGUACCAAAAGGAUAAAGGUCUCUUAUUUGGCGCCAAGCCGGUUUAUCCGGCACAUUUGUGGAAAGAAACUGUAGGAGAAUACAUCAUAUAUCAUCUCACCUAGAUUAGGAUACGUUAAUUUUGCUUUAGGGUUAUAUUUAAAGACUCGUAUUUUUGGCAUUAACAAUAAAUAAUGUUACGUUUUGAUUAAGGUGUAA